AUGUCGACUGAUCGUACCCCCAAGUAUCGGCAGGAGAUCCAGCAGAUGAUGUUCGUCUCUGGUGAGACUGCCGAACCGUCCGUCGAAACCACGACUCUCAUUGAGGACAUUGUGCGCCAGCAAGUUGUCGAAAUUCUCGCACGAAGCACCGCCCUAGCUACUCGUCGCGGCGUGCGGUCUAUCUCUACCGAUGAUUUGAUCUUUCUCAUUCGCCAUGACAAGGCCAAGGUGUCGCGUCUCAAGACGUUCCUGUCCUGGAAAGAUGUCCGAAAGAACGUCAAAGACUCCGACGACAAAGGCGGCGCUGAUGCUGCAGACUUCGCGGGAGCUGAUGACCCCAUCGCCGGCGGAGUCGUCGCAGGACCGCAGGACGUCGCGUCAAAGCCCAAGAAUAAGCGUGCUCGCGUUGGUCUCGCCUGGGACGUGAACAGCUUCUACUCGGUGCAGGUUCCCGAACGCGAGGACGAAGAAGAUGAGGAAGAGGAGGAGCAGAACUACGCUACGCUCCAGCGCCUCGCCGCGGCCGACGAACGUACUAAGAACAUGACCAAGGAAGAGUAUGUGUUCUGGUCAGAAUGUCGCCAGGCUUCGUUCACCUACCGCAAAAGUAAACGGUUCCGCGAGUGGGCCGGAUUCGGCAUCGUGACUGAGUCCAAGCCCAAUGACGAUAUCGUUGAUAUUCUUGGUUUUUUGACUUUCGAAAUUGUGCAGACUCUGACCGAGGAAGCACUCAAGGUCAAGGAGCGGGAAGACCGCGAGAAGAACCGUCGUGGAGGUGGUGAGAACGGCGAGAGCAGUAAGAAGCGUACGCGCGAGACUGGAUUGUUCGAUCCCCCUGAGGAGGGUCGUACCCCGGUUGAGACCAGACAUAUUCGCGAAGCGUAUCGGAAGCUGCAGGCGACUCCUAAUAAGAACAUUGCCAUGCUGCUGCACAAUGGACGCCUGCCGGCUAAGAUGCCAUUGCGAUUGAUUUGA